AUGAGUUUCUAUUGCCUCCCUCACCAAUCCUCCAUUUUACUUGAGCUAAAGCAAGAAUUUAAACUCGAUGAACCAGAUGGAACUUUUGAUUCUGGAUAUCCAAAGAUGAGAGAUUGGAAAGCAGGCACCGAUUGCUGUUUCUGGCGUGGAGUCUCAUGCGAUAUGGCAACAGGACAUGUUGUAAGCCUUGACCUUAGCAGCAGCUUGCUUGGGGGCCCUUUGCAUUCUAACAGCAGCCUUUUCAGCUUACUUCAUCUUCAAAACCUCAACCUUGCCUACAACUACUUCAGUUCAAGCCCAAUUCCUUCGGAGUUUGGCCAACUUUCCAGGUUAACCCAUCUCAACCUCUCUGGCUCUUGGUUUUCUGGUCCUAUACCAUCUGAAAUCUUGAGGCUGACGAAUUUGAUUUCGAUUGAUCUUUCUUGCUAUUUUGGAGCUCCUUUUCCUUGUUAUGAGGAUUUAGGAGAUUAUUAUCCAAAUAUUCAGGAUCCUGAACUGCUGCGAAGGCUUGCUGAAAACAUUACGAGUUUAAGAAAACUUGAUCUUGGUGGGUUAAACUUUUCUUCCAAAGUACCGGACUCGUUAGGAAAUUUAUCUUCCCUAACGCAUCUCUUUCUUUAUGGAUGCAAUUUACAUGGUGAUUUUCCAAAAGCAAUAUUCCGAUUGCCUAACCUACAAUCAGUUAACCUGCGGGAUAAUCAUGAUGUCACCGGUUCUCUUUCGGAAUUUCAUUCUGGCCGCAAUCUUUUGUCGUUGGAACUUUCGAGUACAAACUUUGGAGGGAAAUUGCCAUAUUCAAUUGGCAACCUUACGUCCGUGAAUGUUUUGGAUCUCAGAAAUUGUAAGUUUUCAGGGCCUGUUCCUAAUUCUCUUGGGAACCUUGCAAAUAUCAUUCAACUUCACCUGGAUAGUAAUGAAUUUAGCAGUGAAAUUCCUUCCUCACUUGGAAAUCUGACACAGCUAAUCGAUCUGGUUCUUUCAAAUAACUUUUUCCACGGAAGCUUGCCAAUAUCACUUCCAUAUCUUCUGGACAAUAUCGACUUCAGAAACAAUAGUUUCACAGGUCCAGUCCCAUUCCAAACUUUUAGUAACUUGACGUUGCUUCGGACUCUUGAUUUGUCAAGCAAUUUGCUGAAUGGAGUCAUCCCUUCAUCUUUACUUUCAUCGGCUUCUUUGCAUGACCUAUUUCUGGACGACAACCAGUUUACAGACCUUGAGAGUCUCAGCUCUAUUUCAACCCAAUUGGAAUGUCUGUCUUUAUAUCGAAAUAAAUUAGAGGGGAGUAUUCCAAGUUCCAUCUUCAAACUGAAAAACCUGACAUCACUGUUCCUUGGUUCAAACAGUUUCAGUGGUAGGGUUGAUUUGGGCAUCUUCUCAGAGCUGAGCGAGCUUCGGGAUCUUGAUCUCUCAUAUAAUGCAUUAUCUCUAACAACAAAUGUAAGUACGAAUAUUUCUGCUCUUCCCAAGUUUCGCAAUUUAGUUUUGUCCUCAUGCAACAUAACUGAAUUUCCUGAUUUCCUAAAAGCACAAAAUGAAUUAGAGACAUUAGAUCUUUCUCACAAUAUACUUGGAGGCCCAAUACCUAAAUGGUUCUUGGACAUGUCCAUCAUGAGCUUGAAUUCGCUGAGUCUUUCUCACAACUUCAUUAGCGGUUGGCAAGAAACUCCAGCUGUUCUUCCAUGGAUAGUAUUGAGUUAUCUUGAUCUUAGUUCAAACAUGUUGCAGGGACCACUUGUUCCUCCAAUGUCCACCUCUUAUUUCUUCGUCUCAAAUAAUAACUUGACUGGACCAAUUGAUCUGUUGUUCUGUAAUAUAAGUUUUGAAGUAUUUGAUGCGUCAAAUAAUCAUCUGGGAGGCACUAUUCCGCAAUGUUUUGAUAAUUUGGAUGGUUAUCUUACUGUGCUCAAUCUCCGAAGAAAUAACUUCCAGGGGAAUAUUCCUCAGUUCUGCAGAACUUCAGACCGUUUAAUCACAUUGGAUUUGAGUCACAACCAAUUAUAUGGGAAUAUUCCACGGUCAUUAAUCAAAUGCAAAGAUUUACAAGUUCUAAAUCUUGGACACAAUCAAAUAAGUGAUACAUUCCCAUUUUGGCUACAGAAUUUGCAACAGCUCCGUGUUCUCAUUUUAUGCUCUAACAAAUUUCAAGGUCCAAUAUGCUGUGCUCAUGAUUUUGUUGGCUUUAUGACAUUGAAAAUUCUUGAUCUUUCUCAUAAUGGUUUUUUUGGAAACUUACCAUCAGAUUAUUUUAGAAAUUGGACGUCCAUGAUCUUAAGUGCUAAUGCUUCCAAAAAUCCAUUUGAGUUAGAACAAGAGCCUUACAAUGUCUCAGUGAGCAUUAUAAAUAAGGGACUAGAAAUGGAGUUGGUCAAGAUCACUUUGAUGGCGUUCAUAUCUAUUGAUCUCUCCAACAAUAAAUUUGAUGGAGAAAUUCCAAGUUCACUAUGGUGUCUUCGAUCUAUAGUUAUGCUCAAUUUGUCAAGCAACAAUUUUAGUGGACACAUUCCAUCAUCUUUGGGAAAUCUAAUUGAGCUUGAAUCAUUGGACCUAUCUAACAACGAGCUUUCUGGUAAAAUCCCUCAGCAAUUGACAGCUCUCACUUUUCUUGGAUAUUUAAACUUUUCUCAGAAUCAACUUGUGGGCCCAAUACCACAAGGAGGACAAGUUCAGACAUUUCCAGAUUCUUUUGAGGGUAAUAUGGGGUUGUGUGGUCUUCCAUUGUCCAGAAAAUGUGAAACUCCCACACCAUCUUCUAAUGAUCACUACAAUGAGAAAUCAGAUUUCAUUUCUGGUUUUGGAUGGAAAGCUGUAGUGAUAGGAUAUGGAUGUGGACUUCUGAUUGGAAUGGUGGCUGGACAUGUAAUCAGCUCAAGGAGGCCAGAUUUGUUUUUCAAAGUUUUUAGGGUGAGACUGCAGAGGGGCAACUGA